AACUUCCCCCUCCCACCCGUGCAAACCUCGCGAGACAAUACGCGCUUUCACAAGUGUUUUUUUUUUUGCACCAAUCGAUCCGGGGGCUGGGCUUAAAAAUGCCUAAGUAAAGGGGGGCGGGGGUGAGGGGGUGUACAGACGAGAGAGGGGGGAGAAAAAAUGAAAUGUGGGGGGCCGCCCCGCCCCCAGUAAACGCAACUUGCAACCACCCCCCACAUCUAAAUAGCUUUUUUUUGUAACCCCCCUUGUACCACCCACCAGCCUACCCUCUCUCUCUCUUAUCCUUUCCUUGGGGGAACGAAGGUGGAAAGCCCCCCCUAGUCCUCCCAGAAACGAGGCUACCUUUGCCGGGCGGGAAGUUACGCGAGGCCGAGGAUUUUAUGGCCUGCCCGCUUGCUUCUCUCCCUCUCGGUCUCUGCUGAGAGGGCGCAGUAGCAGCUGCUGCUCCCCCCUCCUCCGGUGAUCCCUCCUUCUCUCUCUCUCCCCAUCUUCUCCUUGUGGCAAAAAGGCCCUGCAACCGGCUGGCCAGGAGUGAAGUCCAGCCGAGCCACCACAGAUAUGAUGGAAGAAUUGCAUAGCCUGGACCCACGACGGCAAGAAUUGUUGGAGGCCAGGUUCACCGGAGCAGGUGUUGCAAAGGGUCCUUUGAACAGUGAAUCUUCCAAUCAGAGUUUGUGCAGUGUGGGCUCUCUGAGUGACAAGGAGCUGGAAACUCCUGAAAAAAAACAGAAUGACCAGCGCAACAGGAAGAGGAAAGGGGAAUCCUUUGAGACCAGUCAAAGCAAAGUCACUCCAAGGGGACAUAAAAUUAGUGAUUAUUUUGAGUUUGCUGGGGGAAGCGGUCCAGGAACAAGCCCUGGAAGAAGCGUGCCACCUGUUGCACGAUCUUCACCACAGCAUUCCUUAUCAAAUCCCUUACCUCGGCGAAUGGAGCAGCCGCUUUAUGGGGUAGACAACAGCACAGCCAAGGAACUGCAGGAGGAGCACUCUGCUCUGCCAACGCUGGUGUCGGCGAUGCUGGCGAAGCAGCGACAAGAGGGCGAGCAGCUGGCACAGAGGGGUACAAGCCUCUGUUUUCCAUUUACUUCGGCCCAGCAAAGCAGUCCUUCUUCAACAGGUUCAGGGAACACAGAACAUUCCUGCACCUCCCAAAAACAGAUUUCCGUCCAGCAUAAACAGACUCAGUCUGAUCUCACGGUGGAAAAAAUAUCUGCACUAGAAAACAGUAAAAACUCUGAUCUGGAGAAGAAAGAAGGCAGGAUAGAUGACUUACUGAGAGCAAACUGUGACUUAAGGCGACAGAUAGAUGAACAACAGAAAAUGCUUGAGAAGUACAAAGAACGGUUGAAUAGAUGUGUGACAAUGAGCAAGAAACUUCUUAUAGAAAAGUCAAAGCAGGAAAAAAUGGCAUGCCGAGAUAAGAGUAUGCAGGAUCGUCUGAGGCUGGGUCAUUUUGCUACAGUCCGACAUGGAGCUUCCUACACGGAGCAGUGGACAGAUGGCUACGCUUUCCAGAACCUUAUCAAGCAACAGGAACGGAUAAAUUCCCAAAGGGAAGAGAUAGAAAGGCAACGCAAAAUGCUAGCAAAGCGGAAGCCACCUGCCAUGGGGCAAGCCCCUCCAGCAACCAAUGAGCAGAAGCAGCGCAAAAACAAGACCAAUGGAGCAGAAAAUGAGACGUUAACGUUAGCAGAAUAUCAUGAACAGGAGGAAAUCUUCAAGCUCCGGCUAGGUCAUCUUAAAAAGGAAGAAGCAGAGAUCCAGGCAGAACUGGAGCGGUUAGAAAGGAUUAGAAAUCUACAUAUCAGGGAAUUGAAAAGGAUACAUAAUGAAGAUAAUUCACAAUUUAAAGACCACCCAACUCUAAAUGACAGAUACUUGUUGCUGCAUCUCCUGGGCAGAGGGGGAUUUAGUGAGGUAUAUAAGGCAUUUGAUUUAACAGAACAGAGAUACGUAGCAGUAAAAAUUCAUCAGUUAAAUAAAAACUGGAGGGAUGAGAAGAAAGAAAACUACCACAAGCAUGCAUGUAGAGAGUACAGAAUCCAUAAAGAGCUGGAUCAUCCUCGCAUAGUUAAGCUGUAUGAUUAUUUCUCGCUGGACACUGACUCGUUUUGUACAGUGUUAGAAUACUGUGAAGGGAACGAUCUGGACUUCUACCUGAAACAGCACAAAUUAAUGACUGAGAAAGAAGCACGGUCUAUAAUCAUGCAGAUUGUGAAUGCAUUAAAAUAUUUAAAUGAAAUCAAGCCACCCAUUAUUCACUACGAUCUCAAGCCAGGUAACAUUCUCUUAGUAAAUGGCACUGCAUGUGGUGAGAUUAAGAUCACUGACUUCGGCCUGUCAAAGAUCAUGGAUGAUGACAGCUAUAACUCAGUCGAUGGCAUGGAGCUAACAUCACAAGGGGCUGGCACUUACUGGUACCUGCCACCUGAGUGUUUUGUGGUUGGGAAAGAGCCUCCAAAGAUUUCAAAUAAAGUUGAUGUCUGGUCAGUGGGAGUAAUAUUCUACCAGUGCCUUUAUGGCAGAAAGCCUUUUGGGCACAACCAGUCUCAACAAGAUAUUCUGCAAGAGAACACAAUCCUUAAAGCUACAGAGGUGCAGUUUCCUCCAAAGCCCGUCGUAACACCGGAAGCAAAGGCAUUUAUCAGACGCUGCCUGGCAUACCGGAAGGAAGAUCGGAUAGAUGUCCAGCUGUUAGCAUGUGACCCCUACUUGCUUCCCCACAUCCGCAAAUCUGUAUCAACAAGCAGCCCAGCUGGGGCUGCUAUUGCCUCAACCUCUGGAUCCUCUAAUAACAGCUCUUCAAACUGAGCAGGAACAAUAGGUCAAAAAUACAUAUAUAUAUAACCGGAACUGCAGAAACCAAGAGAGUCAGAGACGUUUUGAGAAGCAGCUUUGGGAUUGGCAAGGAAUCCACAAAACGGCCUCAAGAAACCAGUAUCGGGUGCUUUGUUUUUCUCUUGCGUUCUUGUCCCAUCCAUAGAGCAAGGCAUCAUUGAUUCUCGGCAAGGUUCUAUGGCAACUUAAGUCAAACUAAGUGGCCAAGGAAGAGGAGAUUGACUGGUCUCAUGCUGAGCAAUGGCAAAGGCACUAACUGCUCUGGGCAGCAGAGGGAAAAGAUGGCUCCAUGUACUGUGAACUUCCAGACACCACGGACCCAGGGUGCGGUUCCAUGAUGCAGGGUGCACACACUGUGUGGAGAAUUGUGGACAUGGCGGCAGGGUAAAGAGGCUGGACUUAGUCCACUGUCAAUAUUUAAAAAUAUGUUCUUUUCUUUUAAAUAAAGUUUAGGCUACAUCUCAUUGGAGGGAAGGGGAAGAAACCACAGAGCUCAUUGCUGUGAGGUUCUGCUGGGAGAUUGGCACAGGACUCUUGUGCCCUUUGCAAGGGAGCCAAGUAUCCUGCCUGUUGAUAGCACCAGCAUUAGUAUGUCAUCCGAGAUAAUUUCAGUUUUUAAAAUAACUUUUAUUGGUUUUCUGGUUGUAAGGUGAACUAACUAGCAGGUCAAUGUGGCAGCCCACUCUUCCUUUUCUUUAGAUUGGCCUCAUAUUCUGCAAGGGAGGAGUGCAAUGUAAUGCAGAAAGUGCAUUACAACUGUGAGCGUAGGUUUCUGCCCCCCACACACACACACCAAAAAAAGCUGCUUGGCAAGCACUUAACGGUUAUCCCCCUUCAGAAUAAAACUAAGUGUUUCUCUUUUGUUUUUUUAAAAUAGUUUUCCUCGUGGUGUUCUGACCCCAUUCACUCGGGUCUUUUUGAAUGAUGGCAUUCUCUUAGCACACACAAGGAUGCUGUCUCUGGCAAAACACUCUAGUCAAAUUACCUCCUCUCCCUCCCCUCUUUCUCCCUUCCCCUUUUAAAAAAAAUGCUUUCUGGACUGCCUAUACUAUCUCAGAAGCAUCAGCUACAUUAACACCCCAAAAGGAAACUCAUCCUGAAGAACAGCUAGCCUUUCUAAACUUAAAACUUGUAUUUCAAUUCCUUUAUCCAUUAAAGAGUUGGGGGGGUUGCAUACUACUCUUGGCCUUUGACUUUUUUCACCUUUUAAGAAAAACAUUAAAACCAAAGAAGAAUCCAGUUUCUUGAAAAUUGUGGCAGAAUGCUACUCCCAUAGGUGGCCAAAACAUUGUUUGCAGAAACGUUUGAAGCAGUACGGUGUGAUCAGGCAUCCUAGCCAGGACUUCAGUUCUGCACCCACAACUGAUGACUCUCAAUCCUCCCCCCUAAGCUUCCUGCAAGCAAUGGUGCAAGUAGAAAUAGCAGGGACAAGUUGAGGGGACCAAGCCAUAUUGAGAUUUAGAGGGGCUUGUGGGUGAGCGGAGCUGGAAGUGGAGACUGUGUGUGUGUGGUGUUUUUGUUUGCUUACCUCUAGCGACUUCUGUGGGUCAGGUGGAAGACAUGGAUGCUGUAAGUGUCUGUGCAAUGGACACCCCACUCCUCCUUUUUCCAAUGGCUCAGUCACCAGGAUAGGUAUACCAUUUUGCUAGUAGGUGGGCUGUGUCUGUUUAAAUGAGUUUGCAAAGGGAAGUGAGGAAACGUAAUGUGUCAUUAUCACAACUGAAGGCACUAUAAAAAGGCUCAUGAAACUUGGCUUUCAAAAAUAAAAAUAAACCCACCAUGAGUUCCCUGUUAGGGUAGAGGGGUUCUCCCCUUUACUUUGUGAUAUUCUGUGCCUCAGAACUGAGGAAGUAGCUUUUCCUUUCCUCUAGUGGAACAGCUGGUAUUUGGACUCCUUAUACUCGGUAGAAAGUAGGUGAAAUCUGGAGCCAGGGGAAGGUCUAUACCAUGAGGCUCUCCAGGGUUGUAAUGGCUUCUGGUAGAAUUCACAUGCAUGCACACACAUACACACUCUUAUCAAGUUGUUUGCUUCUGAGCAUAAGAAUAAAACACAACCAGUUGUUUUGUCUUUUCUUCCCCAACCCAGACUCGUCUUGUCUUAGAAGAAAACCAGCAUGUGUUUUAUUCUGCCUAGGGUUUUCUUAUCCCAGGGUUACUCAUAGCUUUUUCACCAAAAUGCAGCUUGGGGCAAUACAAGAGUUGGCAAAAUGCAGGAGUAGGUGUCAUGGCUGCCACAGCAGAAUAUAACUGUUGUCUGGUAGUUGACCCCUUAUCUUAGCUGUUUUGGGAUUGGGCUCGUCGUACUUUCGGUAGCUAAAUUCAAGACAUGAAACAUACAGUAAGUGUUUGGGCCUAGCAUCCUUUUGGUUUUCCCUCCAUAGAAUUUAACUCAAAGCAACUUUUCACUUUGACCAGGUUAAAACUUGCAUUUGCCAGUUUGUUAUGGGGGUAAUUCUUAAUCAUCCCUAGAGAAUCCUGUUCCAAAUGAGACUUCUUUUUAAAUUUAUUUUCUAAAAGCCCAACCGGACUUUCAACCAUAACUUGUAUUUCCCUCCCUCUCUUCACUCACCCACCCCAAUAAUAGUGGCUGUCAGAUAUUUCAGUCCUUAGUUGUGCCUGGACAGGAGCCUUCAUCUUUUCAUGGUGUUCUUUAAUGAAGCAGGAUAGAUAUCUCUGGAUGAGAAAUGCAGACUGUGACUUUUUUCUUUUUCUCCCCCUCUGCCCUUUUUUAAAGCUGUUGCUGAAAUGGGUUUUAUUUCAGGUAACAAAACCUUUUUAUUGCCACAUUGUUCAUUUUACUGAAAGGAAAGGAAAAGUGUAUGGAUUUGUAACUUGAAACUAGGCCAGACUGUUUUGGCUUUGCCCAGCAGACAAAAAUAUGGAUAUUAAACAAGUUUUAAGAAA